CUGCUUGGCCGCUGGGUUUCCAUUGGCUGGGCGCACCCGGGUCCCGGCUCCUCCUCUCUCCCCCCUUCGCCCCCCACACCCGUGGGUGCCUUCCUCCUCCUCCUCCUCCUCCCUCCUCUCCUCCUCCCGCCCUUGACUCGCGAAUCGCGAUUGCGGGGAGGGACCGGCGAGAGAGAGAGAGGGAGGAGCGGCCGCGCCACCUUCGCCACUUCGGAUCAAGCUGGCGGGACUUGCCGGGCGCCCGGAGAGCGGAGCCCGCUGCUGUUGCUAACUAAACCGGAGCUUCGUCCGAUCUCAGUGGAAAGCGGGAGCGCCUCCGGAUCGAGGGGCCCAGACGGAGCUCGGACUCGGGAAGGAAGGAAAGAAAGAGGGAAAGAAGGAAGGAAAGAGGCGAGCGCGCCCCAGUCCCCCCAAACCUUUGCAAACUCUCCGUCCGGGCGCAGAAGUUCCGUCCGGGAAGAAGAUGCGGCGGCGGCGAGGGCUGCGGGAGCCGGAGAACAAUCCGAGUGAUUGCUCCGUUUCGUAGCCCAGCCCGUUGGCCACAAAGCAUCUACCAAUGGCAGAGAAGCGGAUCCUGGAAGCUGUGAGCACCAUGAGUUACAGCAAGCGCCCUCGACUGGAGGUGGACCCAACCCAUGUCUUCCCGGUGGGUUUGUGCCAGUCAAGUAGUUUGCCCGACUUCCCCAUGGAAGACCAUUACAGUUAUAAAGGCUCCUAUUUUACUUUCCCGCUCCAGUGCCAUGAAGCGCCCAAAACUUUAACUCACUGGUCGGCUGCCGAGAACUACAGCCAUUGCCCGGCUGGCGCGCCUGGCCACUCUCCAAGGACAGAGAAAACUUCCUGCCCGUCCGAAAUGGAAGGUUUGAACGCCCGUCCGAGACUUCCGGGUUCUGAGAAGGUCAAUGAAUGUAUCACCCACGAACGGUGGGCCAGCUACGUGGGUCACACGGGCGUCAUCCAGCAAGGUUGGGUCCAGGGAUACCCAGCUCAGCAUCUCCCUCCAGCUCCUGCAGCUUGCUCCACCUUGGCAGCCCCCAAACCGGUUUACCGAGGCCACGCCUACGGGGCGGAAUCGGGCUACCCUCCCAAAAGGGCUCUGACCUUCCGAAUGCAGAUGGAGAACUACUCAAAAUGUUUGGAAUGGUCUUCCUCGUCUUCCACUUUGCCGACUGGUGCCAAGAGUCACGUUUACGGCACUGCGGGCUCCAAGAAAACCUCGGGGGCCGAGAAUGGUGUGGUGCAGUUGCGACAGGGGUCCCAAGAGGGUGCUGUUCACUCCGCUGGCUUCAUGCCUUACCAUAAGACAUUGGAGAAAUGCCAUGGGGCACAGAAUGGCUCUUCCUUGGAUGCCAGCUACCCCUCUGUAAGUCAGAAAAGCAACUCCGAGUCUCCAACAACGGGUAGCAAUUCCAGAAAACACAUGUGGUCCAGGCCACCGCCCUCACCUCUUCCUCCUCCUCCUCCACCUCUUCCUCCUCCUCCUCUUCAUCCUUCCAGCUUGCUGGUGAAUCGCCAGGACCUAGUGUACCAGGAGCGAUCCCCCUCCUGCUACCCUCUAGGAUCGUAUCCUCUGACUUCUCACGAACAGAUGUUGUUGUAUCAUCAGAGCUAUGUGCAAGCCGAAAAAACAAACUCGGUCUUUGCUUUGGCGGCCUGCAAAGGUUUUGGGUCUCCACCAAGCCGUGAAGAUGGGCAGAUGUUCCCCGGGUCAUAUUUUCAGCAAACCUCUCAUAGUUAUUAUCCUGGGCAUCUGGAGAGCUACCUUUACCAGGCGGUGGGCCCACCUCCAUUGACCCCCUCUGAAGAGGUUCACUCUUCAAGGGAGCACGAGCACCCACAGAAUGCGACCGCCAAGGUGGACUUCAGCCCAAAGACGCCCGUUUCUGCCUGUGCUGUGCCUGAAAAGCCUGCUCCAGCUUGUAGUCCUUGGCGCAGCCGAGGUGGCCUUCCAGACUGGUGUGAGAGUAGCCGUGUUGCAAGAGAAGCCAGCACAAAUUCUUCGGGUCUACAAGCUUUCCCUUCCAUUCAUCAAGCAGACCGGCUGUCUCAUUGUUACAACAGGGUUGAAAAGACGGAGGAAAACGAUUGCAAGAAGGAUCUUUUUCCGCCAGAAAAGGUGACGGGGGAGGUGGAGGAAUCUUCUGAGACAUGCAAAAAAUUCUCCUUAACGUAUGAAUCUAGGAAGAGGAGCAUCACCCCUCAAAAAAAUGAACCAGGGGGCUGCAUAAUGAUUUCUGAUAGCCCGAUUGUCUGCCACAAUCCCUACUCCAAACCAGCCCUGCCCAAAAACGUUCUGAAGACUCCCAACAUCCAGUCUACGUCUCGUGGACACUGGUCCCCAGAGGAUCAACCGAAGGGACUCCAUGAACGCCGGGAAGGUCCCUUGACGUCUUCUCCUCCCAUGCCUGUCAUCAACAACGUCUUCAGCUUAGCUCCCUACCAAGCCUACUUAGAAGGUUCUGCUGAUUUGGUGGAACUGGACGCCACUAAAUGUUGCCAGGCCGAGGAGUCGCUUCCCAAAAGCAGAAGCAAGAGCGUUGAAAAUGGAUUUGUGCCUUGGACAGGAUCUCAAAGAUCCACCGAAGAAUCCAGGUUGGAUCUGCCGAGGGAGGAAGGAACCACUCGCAAUACGAUCGCGAAAAGUGGAGAUGCUGAGUUGAAUAAAAACAGUCUCCCAACAGGGCAAGGGGGUGGAGAUUAUGCUGGCCCUUGGGAAAGUUUCAAGGUCAAGCUUUCGAGUCCAACUGAUCCUGCGUCCUGCCAACCAUCCCCUGCCAAUCAUUCCAAUGAUAGAGUUGAGAGACUCACUCAAGAAGACCAUGUCUUGGACCUCAGCUUUAAAACGGAAGACUUGGUGGCAGAGCGACCUGAUCUUCCGCAGCUGCCCAAGAAGGCUGAGGCUCCGGACGUUGGCGGUCCAAAGAUCCAAGGUGAAGAAGUCAAGGAGAAAGCAGCCGACAGCCAGGGCUCGGCCUCCCAGGCAAACAGAGAAACCUCAGUGCUGCCUAUCAAUGGCGAUUCGAGAGGCAACCGGCAUUUUCACAGCUCCGCGGCCUUUCUGUUCAAGAAAUUCAAAAUCCUAAAAGCUCACGCGGCAGAAGCUGCCUCUGGGGGGGUCAAGGAUGUCUCCCCCCCAAAAGGGACUGACGCACAAGUGACUCAGCCAAAUGGCCCCUUGGUUGAGCCCAGCCUUCCCCAGACUGUGACGCCAUCCUCCGAAACUCUGAUUUUGCAGAUCAAAUGCGUGAAUGCUCAGCUGCCCAAUGCUUCGACGCUCUUGCCUCUUAGUGCCCCUCCUGGCUCUUCUCCUGCCCUUAGAGAGCUCCAGGUUCUGGAUCCCGCCACUGAAAAGCUUCUUGGUCAGCAGAAAUAUUCACCCAGGCAAUAUUUCACAGUGGUGCAUACCUGCGUCUGCACUAUAAUAUCUGGUGUAGUGUCUACCUCCUCCCCUGACCAACUCAAGGAAUGGCUGGAGAUGGCCGAGUCCACCGUGGAGCUGCAGGAGAGGACCGUCAGUUCCACCAAGCCCAAAAAUGGUUCAAAGGUCUCUGAAGGCCCCAAGCUCUCCAAGGGCAAAGAGAUCUGGUUGGCCUUUAAGGGCGUAGAGGUGCUUGUCAAGAAGUUGCAGUCUCAACUGGAGAUAUUCCUGCUCUAUAAUAAGUGUCCUUUCCCUCACGUGAUGCGCGCCGGCGCCACCUUCAUCCCUAUUCACGUGGUGAAGGAGGAACUCUUCCCCAAUCUUCCUGGUGUGUUGGUUGACCAUGUCUUGCAGGACCACAAGGUGGAACUGCGUCCUACCACCUUGUCUGAAGAGAAGGCGUUGAGGGACUUGGACCUCAAGAGCUGUACUUCUCGGAUGUUGAAGCUGCUGGCUUUGAAACAGCUGCCGGACAUUUACCUGGACCUCUUAACCCUUCAUUGGCAUGAGUGCGUCAAGGAGCAGCUUGAGGAUCCUGCGAAGUCGAUCCCAAACAGAGAAGUUGAGGCGUUAGGAACAGAUGCAACCACUGAGUCUCUUGACCAGGACUUCCGAGAGGAGAGUACCAAAGGCAAAACAUGUGGAUUGGCAGCCUGUUUUGGAACUACAUCCUUGCAUUAUGAGACUCUCCAACCAGAAGAUAAAGAAGAGACCCUGGCCAGAUGUUCUUCACCUUCCCUACAACGUGGUUGUGUGCUAAAGGGGAUGAAGGUGCUUCCUAAGGAAGACGCAGCCUUGGAGACUAAGGGACUCACUCUUUGCCCUGGUGCUAGGAGGCCAUCCCAUAAACAGCCAAGGGCUCUUGAGCUUCAAUUGACUGCGAAGGUCACUAGGAGGGCAACCAGGGCUUCCAAGAUCCUUCACCUCCGGAAAUCCAUGGUUCACAUCCAAUUCCAGAAUGCUCUUCAGGACAUUCAAGGACCUCCGAUUCUUGGUCCUUCAGGGAAGGGGAAGAAAGUUCCACCACCACUCCUCCUAAAGCGUUUCAAGCAUCGGAGACACGGUUGUGCCAAGGUUCCUCCCUUGCCCUCUGAGUAUCCAGAACUUGUUGGGAAGAGGAUCAGGCACUUGUACGAGGAGAAGGACAAGACAGAGGCCUGGUAUCAGGGCGUGGUACUUCGCGUUCACAAGCCCCACAAGAACCCUUUGAAGACAGUUUAUGAGGUGAAAUAUGAUAGCGAGCCAGAGUGGCAAUAUUACCUCGAGAUUCUGCAGGAUUAUAAGAAAGGUUGGGUGGAGCUGGAUGAAUGAAUAGUGGGUGGGUAUGUGUUUGUGUGUGUGUAUCAAAUUGAGAGAGAAGAGGGGAGAUUUGAUUCAUCCGGCUGUCUGUCAGAUUGGAACACAGCUGAAACUAUCAAUGGGCUUUCCUACAUCUUGCGCAGCUUCAUCACGACACACAUUGGCUUAAAUUGACUUGGACCCGAUUCAGAUUAUCAUCUUGUGGUCCUCACCACCUCAGGGCUCCAUAACAUUUUCCAGAAACCACACAAUGGAGUAGCUUUCAGGGUUUGAACCAAUGUUUUGGACCAGGGGUCUCCAACCUUGGCAACUUGUGGACUUCAACUCCCAGAGUUCCUCAGCCAGCUGGGAGUUGAAGUCCACAAGUCUUAAAGUUGCCAAGGUUGGAGACCCCUGUUUUGUGACCACAGCUGAGCUGGGUUUACAAAAUGCCUUCCCGUUGUCCCAACUGACACCAGAAGUUCAAUGUGAAUCUCACGGUACAUUUUACAGAACUUCACCACGGAUGGGGCUCUCAAGAUAUACCAAGGAAUUUCCCUGUUGGGCCUAUCCUCUGUCCUGAAUUCCGGCGGUAGCGAGUUUUUCCAAUUCCUAGAGUGUCUUUAGAAUGACGCUUGUCCAAGGGCAUUAUGGGAAAGCCAUGGUUUACGUUGCUAAGCAGGGCAGUUGUUUUAAUCCAGUCAUGUCUGAUUCUAUCACCUUGAUUGUUAAGUAAAUCAACUGCAACUUGUUAAGUGAAUCCAGCUUCUCCAAUUGUUGGAGUCACUUAGCGACUGUAGGAUUCGCUUAAGAAAUGUAGUGCUUUGCUUAACUGAGGGG